AGGACUUUCCUUGCCGGAUAUUUACUCAAUUCAAGAUGUCGGCCGUCGUGGGUUCGCUUGUGUCUUACGAAAGUGAUUCUGAUUCGGAUAUUGAGACGCAGUCUAACACCAGUACAGAAAAGACAGAUCCCGAUGCAAUAGCUCAUCUUCUUCCUUUAAAAUCUGCGAAAAACACUUCGUUAGCCCUCCUAAAUGCAGCACCCGAGGUCGCAGUAAAGGAGGAUGUUUUGACAGGAACUCAUCUGGAUCCGUCCCUUAAGGAGGUCAACUAUAACCCAACAUACGAAACCAUGUUUGCCCCAGAGUUUGGUCCAGUCAACCCAUUUAAAACUCAGCAGAUGGCAGCCCCCCGAAACAUGUUGUCUGGGUAUGCAGAACCAGCACACGUUAAUGACUUCAUGUUUGAGCAGCAAAGGAGAACCUUCUCUACCUUCGGGUACGCGCUCGAUCCAUCUGUGGACAACAGCCAAGCUUCAUCCAGCAGUUACAUCGGUGCUGUCGAGGAAGCUGAGAAAAACAAAGGCAUAACAGUAUUUGAGUCGGGUGCUAAAAAGGGAGAAAAGAGGAGGAAAGUCAAAGGUGGCGAUGCGUCCGAAAUCGAUAGUUUCCUUGGGCCGUGGGCAAAAUAUGUGGACGAGAAGGACGUGGCCAAGCCAUCAGAGGAGGAGCAGAAGGAGCUGGACGAAAUCACCGCUAAGAGGCAGAAGAAGGGGAAGAAUGAGGAGGAAGGCCCUGCAGAGGAGAAGACCAUUCUUCAUGUCAAAGACGCGUACGACUACCAGGGCCGCUCCUACCUGCAUAUCCCCCAGGACGUCGGCCUCAACUUGCGCUCCGCAGACAUUCCCGACAAGUGCUACCUGCCUAAAAAGCAGAUCCACGUGUGGACCGGACACACAAAGGGCGUCAGCGCCAUCCGGCUCUUCCCGGUGUCGGGCCACCUGCUGCUCUCAUGCUCUAUGGAUUGCAAGAUCAAGCUGUGGGAGGUGUAUGGGGAACGGAGGUGCAUACGCACGUUUAUUGGCCACAGCAAAGCGGUGCGUGACAUCUGCUAUAACAACACAGGGACACAGUUCCUCAGCGCUGCCUACGAUCGGUUCCUUAAGCUGUGGGACACGGAGACUGGAAAGUGCAUCUCCAAGUUCUCCAAUCGUAAGGUGCCUUACUGCGUCAAGUUCAACCCAGAUGAAGACAAGCAGAAUCUCUUUGUGGCUGGGAUGUCUGAUAAGAAAAUUGUACAGUGGGACAUUCGCACAGGGGAGGUGGUCCAGGAGUACGACAGGCACCUGGGUGCUGUCAACACCAUCACAUUUGUGGACGAGAACCGGCGCUUCGUCAGCACAUCGGACGACAAGAGCUUGCGUGUGUGGGAAUGGGACAUCCCAGUGGACUUCAAGUACAUCGCAGAGCCCAGCAUGCAUUCCAUGCCGGCCGUGACGCUGUCGCCCAAUGGCAAGUGGCUGGCCUGCCAGUCCAUGGACAACCAGAUCCUCAUCUUCGGAGCACAGAAUCGGUUUCGCCUGAACAAGAAAAAGAUCUUCAAGGGUCAUAUGGUGGCCGGCUAUGCGUGCCAGGUGGAUUUCUCUCCGGAUAUGAGCUAUGUGGUGUCGGGGGACGCUGACGGCAAGCUGAACAUCUGGGACUGGAAGACCACCAAGCUUUACCACCGCAUUAAGGCACACGACAAGGUGUGCAUCAGUGCCCUCUGGCAUCCCCACGAGACCUCCAAGGUCGUCACCUGCGGUUGGGAUGGCCAGAUCAAGCUGUGGGAUUAGGACUGUGGGGCUGUGCCCGGGCGGCGGGGCGUCUCCCCCGUCCUGCUGCGCGUGGGACUGGCAUCCAGUCCUGCCGUCGCUCGUUUGUGCCGCUGGCUUCUGGCCGUCAUGGUGGUCGCGAAUGCGCUCUUCCUGUGUGACCUGCAGCCCGCUUUCUUUUCCUGGCCGAUGUUGCUCUUUGGGUUUUAACAUGCCAUCCAUGCCACGACAACAAUAAAAUUUUGUACAUUUCCAUUAA